UCCCCUUCCGGCUGUCUGUGCCAGGGAGCCCAGAUGGGCUGAGAAGAGGCUGCAGAAGGAAGUCCGUGGGUCUCUCUCCAUGUUUUCCUUUUGACAGAAGGAGGGACAACUCUGCUGUUUCUCUUCCCCAAGAAGGGAGGCCCUGGGUUCUUCAUAUCUAGAAAUUCGGCCUUUUUUCAUGCCUUGAGAGUGUCUGAAGAUACACACACUUUCUGUUGUGCUGUCUGCCUGGGAGGAGAGCCCAAAUAUGGAAAAGCAAGACUCGGCUGGUCCUGAGUUGGAAAACAGCUGUGCUGCCAUUCCGCUUGCGAAAAGUGGGGAGUCCUGGGAAAGGAACCCAAGGAAGAGCUCGACGGAAGAUGUGCUCAGUUCAGAUGUGCAAAGACAGCUUUUCCGGCAAUUCCACUACCAGGGAGCCAAAGGACCCCGAGAGGUUUGCAGCCAACUCCAUGCUCUCUGCUGCUGGUGGCUGAAGCCAGAGCGAUACACCAAGGCGAGAUGCUGGACCUGGUGCUCCUGGAGCAGUUCCUGGCCAUCCUGCCCUUGGAGAUGUCCGCCUGGGUGCGGGAGUGUGGGGCAGAGACCAGUUCCCAGGCGGUGGCUUUGGUGGAGGGUUUCCUCCUGAGUCAAGCAGAAGGGGCCAAGGAGGAGAAGCAACAGAACCUGUUUGCUCAAGAGGGUUCAGAAGCAAAGACGGCAAUCCCAGACUCUGGACAGAAAACGUGGAACAUGGAGGAAAAUGAUGGGCAUGCCAGCUCUUUGGGAGGGGAAACAAGAACACUAGCGAAUGAUAGCAACUCGUUUCAUUUUGAGGACAUGAGAACAACUUCAGUAAUUCUGGAUCAGGUGACCUUUGAGGAGAUCGCUGUGGAUUUCAGCGAGGAGGAGUGGGCCCUGCUGGAUCCGCCACAAAGGGCCCUUCAUAGGGAAGUGAUGUCGGAGAAUCUGGCCAUCCUGGCCUCUCUGGGUGGAGAUGGGCGAGAUCAUGACGAUGAAGAGGAACCACAUGGGACUUUCCUUGGAGGAGGUGAAUGUAAUCAGAAAGAAGGACAGAAACACAAAUCUGACUGUCUAGAGAGGACCAGGGACCCCUGUGGAACAUCAGCCGAAGAAAUGAAACAAAAAGAAAAGGAAGAAAAUGAAUACCUUUGCCAUGAAUGUGGAAGAGGCUUCAGCUGUCAAACAAGCUUCCGCCUUCAUAGGAAGACCCAUACAGAGGGGACACUCUCCGUAGACAGUGAGGUUCACAAGGCCUUCAGUGCUAACAAGUGCCUACCGCUUCACAAAACCAACACAGGAGAACAACGAAUUGUGUCACUGUGGUGUGGAAAGAGCUCCAAGUGGGGCUCACAGUUGUUCUCUCCUCCAAGAAACCACGUCAAAGAGCAACCAUUUAAGUUAGGAGAAUGUGGGAGGAUCUUCAGUCAGAAGGCACACCUCGCUCCACCUCAAGCAACUUGCACAGGAGAGAAACCUAUUCCAAACAUGGAUCAUGAGACAAGUUUCACCUCCAUGAUAAACAUCCCUCCUCUGCAAGGAACCGAACCAGGAGAGAAACCGUUCAAGUGUUUGGAGUGUGGGAAAAGUUUCACUCAGAAGACACACCUGGUUUGUCAUCAAAGGAGUCAUUCGGGGGAGAAGCCAUUCAAGUGCUUUGAGUGCGGGAAAAGCUUUGGGUGGAAAUCAAGCUACACAAACCACCAGGCGACCCACACGGGGGAAACGCCAUUUCAGUGCCUGGACUGCGGAAAGAGCUUCGGGCGGAAGACGAGUCUCAUUAACCACCAAGCAACUCACAGAGGCGAGAAGCCGUUCGAAUGCUCGGAGUGCGGGAAGAGUUUCCGAUGGAAGACCAGCCUCACCAACCACCAAGCCAUCCACACGGGAGAGAAGCCCUUCCAGUGUCUGGAGUGCGGCCAGACCUUCAGCCAGAAGGUGCACCUCACCUCCCAUCAAGCAACUCAUACGGGAGCAAAGCCCUUUGAAUGCAUGGAGUGCGGGAAAACGUUCAUGCAGAAGACGCGCCUCAUUUGCCACCAGGCGGCUCACCGGGGGGAGAAACCCUUCAAAUGCUCAGAGUGUGGAAAGAGCUUCAGCUGGAAGACCAGCCUCACAACGCACCAGGCAUCUCACGCGGGGGAGAAGCGGUUCCAGUGCUUGGAGUGCGGGAAGAGAUUUGAGCGGAGGAUCCACCUCCUUCGUCACCAGGGGACUCACACCGGGGAGCAGGCCUUCCAGUGCUUAGAGUGCGGGAAGGGCUUCAGUUGGAAGACCAGCCUCAUCAACCACCAGGCCACUCACACGGGAAACAGGCCAUUCCAGUGCUUCCACUGCGGAAGGAGCUUCCGGCAGAAGGCCCACCUCACUUCCCACCAGUCCACUCACACAGGGGAGAAACCCUAUCAGUGCCUGGAGUGUGGGAAGAGCUUUUGCUGGAAGACGAGCCUCAUAAACCACCAAGCGUCCCACACGGGCGAGAAGCCCUUUCAGUGCUUGGAGAUCUGUUUCAUCAAGAGUUCCUUCACCAAACCUUUUGAUUUUAUUCCCAGGCUGGGGAUUUCUCAUCAAACCAUCUCUUGUCUUGAAGGGGAGAAUCCCACCAAAGGGGACAUGGCUCUUGUAGCUCUGCUGGAACUUGCCUGGAAGAACAGAUCGCAGGAGGAAAAGCAAGACCUCUGCAUCCCCUGGUCAAAGGAUGAUGACUCUCCUGCCAUUCAGGCUGGGAGUGGAGGACCGCUUUUGGGAAAUACGUUACCAGGGAAUGCACUGAGUUCAGAGACAGAGCGCCAGAGCUUCAGGCAGUUCACCUACAAGGAGACUUCGGGGCCUCGAGAGGCCUGCAGCUGCCUCCACUCUCUGUGCCGCCUGUGGCUGAAGCCCGAGCGACACUCCAAGGCAGAGAUGCUGGACCUGGUGAUCCUGGAGCAGUUCCUGGCCAUCCUUCCUGCGGAGAUGGAGCGCUGGGUGAGGGAAUGUGGGGCAGAGACCAGCUCCCAGGCCGUGGCCUUGGCUGAAGGAUUCCUCCUGAGUGAAGCAGAAGAGAAGACACUGGAGGAAAAGCAGAUGACCGACUUGUUUGCAGAAGAGGCCAUGACAUUGGCGAUGUCUCCCUCCAACUCCAAGCGGAUUGUGCAGGACAGCGGUAGAACACCCACUUCCAUAAGUAAGAAUGAAGGAGAUGAAACAGAACCAAUAUGUCCUGGCUCACCUCUUCAUUUCAACGUACACAGCUCAACGUAUGUCAAACCAGAUCAGGCCAUCUUCCAAGAGGUGACCGUGUCCUUCACUGAGGAGGAGUGGGCCCUGCUGGAUGCGGAUCAAAGGGACUUGCAUCAGGAAGUCAUGGAGGAGAAUUUAAAGGCUGUGGCCUCCUUGGGAGCUGGUGACUGGGAGAAUGUGAAAGAACCAUUGAUGGAAGAAAACAGAUCCACAGAGAGAGAAGACAGAGUUAUCCCUUAUUGGACAGUCAGACAAAUGGAAAAUGGUCCAGAAAAAUCAGCAACUCACAGAGAAGAGGAUUCAUUUCAAUACCGGGACUGUGGAAAGAGUCAGGAGUUGUACCUCUCUCGUCAGCAAGCAACGUACACUAAGACGAAGCCCUUUAAGUGCUUGGAGUGUGGAAAAUGUUUCAGUCAGAAGAUCAGCAUAGCUUGUCAUCAGGCAAUUCACACAGGAGAAAAACUGUUUACAUGUUUGGACUGUGGGAAAAGUUUCAGUCGGAAGAGAAGCCUCACGUGUCACCAAGCAAUUCACACUGGGGAGAAACCCUUCAAAUGCUCGGAGUGCGGAAAGAGCUUCAGCCAGAAAAUACACCUCACCAAUCAUCAAGCAACCCACACAGGGAAGAAGCCAUUUCCAUGCCCUGAAUGUGGGAAGCAUUUCAGUCGGAAGGAAUACCUCGUUUCCCAUCAAGCGACUCAUUCUGGGGAGAAGCCAUUUAAAUGCCUGGAGUGUGGGAAGGGCUUCUGUCAGAAGAAACACCUCACUUAUCAUCAAGCCACUCAUUCUGGGGAGAAGCCGUUCCAAUGCAUGGAGUGUGGAAAGUCUUUUAUUCGGAAGGAACACCUCGCUUGCCAUCAAAAAACUCACUCAGGGGAGAAACCCUUCAAAUGCUUGGAGUGUGGAAAGAGCUUCCGCCAGAAAGAAUACCUUGCCUCUCACCAAACCAUUCACACAGGGAAGAAACCUUUCAAAUGCUUAGGGUGUGGAAGCACUUUCACAGAAAAGAGAAGUCUCAUUGACCACCAAGCAACACACUCUGGGGAAAAGCCCUUCGAGUGCUCAGAUUGUGGAAAGAGCUUCCGGCGUAAGACCCACCUCACAGUACAUCAAAGAAUCCACACAGGAGAGAAGCCCUUUAAAUGCUUGGAGUGUGGGAGAAGUUUUAGCUUGAAGACAACGCUCCAUCUUCACCAAGCGACACACACAGGGGAAAAGCCAUUUAAAUGCCCUGACUGCGGGAAGAGUUUCUCUCGAAGGACUCGACUUACUGCGCAUCAAGUCAUUCACACCGGAGAGAAACCACAUAAAUGCUCAGAGUGUGGAAAGAGUUUCAGUUGGCGCCGAAGCAUGAUUCGUCAUCAGAUAACUCACACAGGAGAGAAGCCAUUUCCAUGCUCAGAAUGUGGAAAGAGCUUCCUUCGGAAGACGGACCUCAAGCGUCAUCAAGCUAUUCACAAGAGGGAAAAGCAUUGACGUGUUUGGAGUGAGGGAAGAGUUCGCCCAGAAAAUUCGUCCCAUUUCUCAAUUGUUGAAGUGCUCAGAGUGCAGAAAGAACUGUUUUCCAAACCACGAGAGGCCUGAACUUUUGCUAUAGAGUUAACUGAAUUGAAAAAAGUAUUCUUUUAAAGGUUU